UGCAAAGUCAAAUAAUUUUAUAGUGAAUUGGGGUGUAUACAUUAAUGGUUUUGAAAAUAGGGUGCAAACUCAAAUAUCACCCAAAACAUGGGGUGCAAAGUCAAAUUCUCUCCAAAUAAAUCAACGUAGAGUCAAGCAGCUUCUCUUCUCUUCAACGAGUGACAGAGCUGUGGACUAUUGAGCAUUGACGAUGGAGAUGCGGACGAGUGACGAAGACGCCAUUGACGAAGCACGGAGUAGCGGACGACCGUCAUUAUUUGCUAAAGCUUAACCAUCCUGGUAAUAUGAACAAUUUGGUCUAUGCUCAUUCUAUAUUUAUAAACAAAUGAUAAAGUAUAUUGAUAAAAUAUUUAUACGGCGGACGACCAUCAUAUUACCAAAGUAGAAAAAUCUCUUAUUUAUACGGAACUGCAACAAUGAUUCAAAGAUUUGUUAGAUAAAUAUUCUAAUUUUCAUUAUGGAUUGUGUUGAGACUUGAGAUAUUAGCACAUAAUUUUAGUAUUUUCUACUUUGGAUAUUGUGUUUUAGUUUUGGUAUCGGUUUAUGUAUUGAUGUCGUAUGCUACUUUUGACUUGUUAAAAUCAGUUUUUUUGGAUGUUCGGUAGGCCCCUUAAGCUAAUACUUUAUACGGAAUUGCCAAGAUUUUUUUUUGAAUUUUCGGUAUAAAACGGUAUGGGUUACAUACCGUACCGAAUUUUCGAUAUACCGAAAUUCGGUAUACCGAAAGUUUCGGUAUGGUAACGGUAUGACAUUUACCAAUACCGAAUUUUCGGUACGGUAUGCGGUAUGGCGUUGAAAUUUCGGUAUACCGUACCGAACCAACCCUAAUCACAACCGCCGUCACCGUCACCGUCACCGCCACCAGUCACUAUCUCAGUGACUCUGAUAAAAGUGACUCCAGCCAUAAUGACUCCACCGUCACAAUGACUCCACCGCCAUAGUGACUCCAUGUCACAGUGACUCCGGCCAUAUUGACUGCUCAGCUAAUGCACAGGGACACCGCCGCAAACAUCGCCCAAUUACGGCUGCUGCACCGCCCAAUUACCUCCGCCUCCGACAGCCACAAAUUCCGGCCAACGACCUCAACCACCACAAUCAAGCCCCUGCCUCACCCAACCCCCUCCCCUGCAUCACCCCAGCCUUGCCUCACCCAGCCCCCUCCCCUGCAUGACCCCAACCCCUGCCUCACCCAGCACCUUUCCACAGCCCCCAGCCCCAACGGACAGCCCUAAAGACUCCUUUCUAGCAGCCCAGCCCACCUUCAUAGCUGCCCACCACAUGCACUCGCCCAGAUCUGAAACCACGAAGCGUCGGCCAAACAACGAUGGCCAAGCAGCGGAGGAAGAGGCGGUCCGGUGGUUCAGGCCCCUCUCCGACUUCGAGGACGGUGGAUCCGACAGAUCCGAGCCGUCGUCCACCAACGUUGGUGGAUCCAGAACCGGCAGUGAGAAGAAAGACGAAGAAGAGAAUCGAAAUGGAGACGGGCGGCGUCUACUGGUGGAGGCGGCGAGCUAUGUUAUCUUUGGCAGAGCUUUGGUGGAUGCGUAGAUCUGGAGAGGGAAGAAGACCUGGGUGCGUAGAUCUCGGCGACUUGGUCUCUCUCAUGCGAUGGAGAAGACGAAUCGCGAUGGAGAAGACCUUGGAUGAGGAUGGAGAAAACGGAUCUCACGUGAUGGGAAGACCUGGGAAAAAUUAAAGUGGCCAUAUUCAUGGAAUUAGAAACUUAGGGAGUGAUAUUAGUGUCAUUUUCACAUCUCCUUAUGUUAAAUUAGUUAUACGUAUGACCGAAAAGGAAUGUUUUUCCUAAUAUAUGAUUAAGUGAAGUUUUAUUCCUAUUCUAUCAUCCCCACAUGAUCAUCC